AUGGCCAACAAUAUUGGGCGAGGCGGCGAUCUUCCCAAUGCUGGUGGUUUUGGCCGUGGUAUGGCUUCUCCCGCACAACCCCUACCCAACACGACUGAAGUCUACCCUCAUGAGCCAAUACGCCGCUCUGCCCUCGAUACAAAUCGACCGACAUCCGACCGCAACCUUUCUCUCACGAUACCCAGCCAACAAGACGGCGCUGUAUAUCGAGCUCGAGCCGAUCUCCCCUUCCUCGUCCCUCUACUGCUACAUAUGAUCAUGGUCGUACCUCCAGACUGGCGCUUCCUCUUUUAUGGCUCGUCCGCCACUGUGACUCAGGUGCGCGAAUCGUACACUGCGGCAAUGUACGAGGCCAUGGGCAAAUUGAAUAUCCGGAAUUUGGAGGACAGCUAUGGCGAGGGGUGGGGACGGAGGUAUGGAUGGGAAGAACCCAAGGAUGGGCGGGUGUUGAGUGCGGAGGAGAUGACGAAUCGACUGUUGACGAAUAAGACGUUCUAUGAGGGGGACCUCGCGGAUACGGAGUGGCUGCUGGUAUGGCAUAGUGAUGCUAUCUUGUGUGCAAACAGUGAGGUGGGCCUAGAUGACUGGUUGGGCUGGGACUGGGUUGGCGCGCCAUGGGAUGGCGAUCACAAGUUUGGCGGAAAUGGUGGCCUAUCGCUGCGACGACUGUCUAGGAUCCGAGAGGUGCUGGAGUUUCAAAAGCGUCAGGAUGACUCCAAUUCGGAAGAUGUUUGGUUCGCGUCCCGCCUUGGCCUGCUUCCGGGAGCAAACAUGUGCCCUCCUGAAAAGGAGAAGGAAUUUGCCGUUGAAUCAGUCUGGUACGAUAAACCCAUGGGAUACCACAUGUUGCCUGGUAAUAGUCCAGCCCCAAACGUCUGGGCCAUACAUCAGCGCCGUAGGGAGAUUUACGACUAUUGCCCCGAGGUCAAGAUCAUACUUGACAUGUACCUCGAGCGUGAGAAAUGUGGCGACCAGAGAACCGCGGAGGAUAGAGAGGAUGAGGAGUUCCGCAAACUGCUGGAGGCGGAUGCCGAGAGUGCGAAGAAGAAGCUGGAGGAGGAGAAUGCAGGAGCUGAGGAAGAGAGAAAGAAGCAAGAGGAAAGGGCGAAACAGAGGAAGGAAAAGGAGAGGGUAGAAGCAGCGAAGGUCAAGAUGGAGGAGGCUGAGGUGGCGGAAAGGGCGAAGAAGCUGUUGGAGGACCAGAAGAGAAAGAAAGUAGAGGCGUUGGAGGGAAUAAGUGUUGUGAAAGAUAUUAGUAGAAUCGAGGAGGAAGCGAAGAGUCACGAUAAGCAUGCUUGGGAGGAAGGUGGGGCGCCGGAGCUGGAUGAUGCUGCGGAGGAAGGAGCAAGAAAGUCGUUAGACGAGCACAAGACCGAGAACCUAGGGGAACCCGGGAAAAACAUCGCGUCCAAAGAGGAUGAACCAGCAACUGGCAGUGAUGAAACCCUGGACGAUGGCAAGAUGACGGAUUCGGACCAUGUUGAGGAGAAGGAGAAGGCCGAGUCGGAUGAGUCUGACGAAGGUAAAGCCGAGGAGCAAGCAGAGCCUCCAGCCUCUGCUGCUGAUACAAAGCGGGAAGAAGAGAAAGAUGAUGAUGGCGCUGGGGAAAAGGGCGAGCAUGCAGAGGCAGAGCCCGAGCAGGAAGACGAUGUUGCGGAGUCAUCAAAGGAGCCUCCUUCAACAGCAGAAGGCCACGCAGACGACAAGGUCGAGGAUCCGGAUUCGAAAGACGCGGUUGAGGAUCCAGGUUCCAAAGCCUAA